UACCCCCCAUCAAUGACAGUCUUGUACCUCAGUUGCAGGAGGGGUCAGUGCAGGAGUUUGGAAGAAGCUUAACCUGUAGCAGAACCACUUGGAUAGCUGAAUGUCACAGCUUGUUGCUGGGGUGAGGUGUCACCUUCCCUGAUGUUUUUCUCUCCCCUUGCAGGAGAGUACUGCGAGGUGAAUGCGCGCUCGGGCCGCUGUGCUCCAGGGGUGUGUAAGAAUGGAGGAACCUGCGUGAACCUGCUGAUUGGGGGCUUCAAGUGUGAGUGCCCCCCCGGCGAGUACGAGCGGCCCUACUGCGAGAUGACCACCAGGAGCUUCCCCCCCCAGUCUUUCAUCACCUUCAAGGGGCUGCGGCAGCGCUUCCACUUCACCGUCUCCCUCAUGUUUGCAACCAGGGAGAGGAAUGCUCUCCUCCUCUACAAUGGGCGUUUCAAUGAGAAGCACGACUUCAUUGCCUUGGAGAUUAUUGAGGAGCAGAUCCAGCUCACCUUCUCUGCGGGGGAGACAACCACUACAGUGGCACCGCUCAUUCCGGGAGGGGUCAGCGAUGGGCAGUGGCACUCGGUUCAGGUGCAGUACUACAAUAAGCCAAACAUUGGCCGAUUAGGAAUUCCCCAUGGGCCUUCUGGAGAGAAAGUGGCUGUGGUGACUGUGGACGACUGUGACACAGCAGUGGCUGUGCGCUUUGGGAGCCUCAUUGGAAACUACACCUGUGCUGCCCAGGGGACUCAGACUGGCUCAAAGAAAUCUUUGGACCUAACUGGUCCUCUCCUUCUUGGUGGUGUCCCAAACUUGCCUGAAGAUUUCCCAGUGCACAACAGGCAGUUUAUUGGCUGCAUGAGGAACCUCUCCAUUGACAGCAAGCCCAUCGACAUGGCCAGUUUCAUUGCCAAUAACGGCACUCUGCCAGGCUGUGCAGCACAGAGGAACUAUUGUGAAACCAACUGGUGCCAGAACGGAGGCACGUGCAUCAACAAGUGGAACACGUACAUCUGCGAGUGCCCCGUACGCUAUGGAGGGAAAAACUGUGAGCAAGCAAUGCCUUCUCCUCAGCGUUUCAGUGGUGAAAGCAUUAUCAUUUGGAGUGACCUUGAUAUUACCAUCUCUGUGCCGUGGUACAUUGGGCUGAUGUUUAGAACUCGGAAAGUCAAUGGCAUGCUAAUGCAAGCCAAUGCUGGGGCUGCAUCCAAGAUCAACAUUCAGAUACUGAACAACUACGUGCAGUUUGAAGUGUACAGUGGCCUGAGUCAGGUUGCUAGUUUAACAAUGAGCCAGUCACGAGUCAGUGAUGGGGAAUGGCAUCAUUUAUUAAUAGAGCUGAAGAGUGCUAAAGAUGGUAAAGAUCUCAAGUACCUCGCUGUCAUGUCCUUGGACUACGGGAUGUACCAGAGCACUGUGCAGAUUGGAAAUCAACUACCUGGACUGAAAAUGAAAAGCAUCAUUGUGGGAGGUGUGUCUGGAGACCAAGUCUCUGUUCAGCAGGGAUUUUAUGGAUGUAUGCAGGGAGUAAGAAUGGGAGAGACAUCUACAAAUAUAGCGACACUCAACAUGAAACAGGCUACCAAGAUCAAUGUGAAGGAGGGUUGCGAAGUGGAUAACCCUUGUGAUUCCAACCCGUGUCCCCAGCACAGCUACUGCAGUGAUGACUGGGACAGCUACUCCUGUGUCUGUGACCCAGGGUACUUUGGGAGAGACUGUGUUGAUGUAUGUAACUUGAACCCAUGUGAGCAUGUCUCCACAUGUGUGCACAAACCCAGCUCAUCCCAUGGCUACACCUGUGAAUGUGGACAAAGCUACUAUGGACAGUACUGCGAAAGCAAGAUUGACCUACCUUGUCCCAGAGGUUGGUGGGGAAAUCCCAUCUGUGGUCCAUGUAAUUGUGAGACCAGUAAAGGGUUUGAUUCUGAUUGCAAUAAGACUAAUGGAGAAUGCCACUGCAAGGCAAAUUACUACAGGCCCCAGAACAGCGACACCUGCUACCCCUGUGACUGCUUCCCAUCUGGCUCCCACACACGCACCUGUGACAUGGAGACGGGACAGUGUCCUUGCAAACCUGGUGUCAUAGGGCGUCAGUGCAACCGCUGCGACAACCCCUUUGCAGAAGUCACUGUGAGGGGCUGUGAAGUAAUUUAUAAUGGCUGUCCCAAAGCUUUCGAGGCUGGUAUUUGGUGGCCACAGACCAAGUUUGGCCAGCCAGCUGCUGUGCCAUGUCCUAAAGGAUCAGUGGGAAACGCCGUUCGCCAUUGUAACAUUGAGAAGGGCUGGUUGCCUCCUGAGCUUUUCAACUGCACCACCAACACUUUUGUGGAUCUAAAAGUCAUGAAUGAGAAGUUACACCGCAAUGAGACCAAGUUGGAUGGGGACAAAACCAUACGGAUCGCGAGAGCGCUGCACAAUGCCACCAAAUACACACACAGCUUGUAUGGCAACGAUGUGAGGACAGCUUACCAGAUGAUGAUCCGAGUACUCCAGUAUGAGAGCCAGCAGCAAGGGUUUGACUUGGCAGCCACAAGAGAUGUGGAAUUCAAUGAGAAUAUUAUCAAAGUGGGCAGUGCUUUACUGGACCGCAGCAACAAGGAGCACUGGGAGCAAAUUCAGCGAACGGAGGGUGGCACCGCUCAUCUGCUCAGGCACUAUGAGGAAUAUUUCAACAACGUGGCCCAGAACAUGAAGAAAACCUACCUGAGACCUUUUGUAAUUGUUGCCACUAAUAUGAUUAUUGCUGUUGACAUCUUUGACAAGUCUAAUUUCACGGGAGCUAGAAUACCACGAUUUCAUGAGAUUAAAGAAGAUUACCCAAAAGAUCUGGAGUCAUCUGUUGUCUUCCCUGAUACUUUGUUCAGACCUUCAGACAGGAAAGCAGUGCCUACAAUGAAGCCUUCAAAUCAAAAAAUAUCCUCUAAGUUGAACAGUGGUGUGUUCAGCCCUGAAAGUGCUUUUGCAAAGAGAAAGAAGCGACACCCAGAGGACUCAACACAUCAUACUGUUGCCAUGGUCAUUAUAUACCGAUCCCUGGGGCACCUCCUGCCUGAAAACUAUGAUCCUGACCGAAGGAGCUUGAGAUUGCCAAAUCGCCCAAUUAUUAACACACCUGUGGUGAGCACAGCCAUUCACAGUGAUGGGGAGUUUCCUCCCAAUCUGGUGGAAAAGCCCAUCAUAGUGGAGUACACCAUGCUGGAAACGGAGGAGAGAACGAAGCCUGUCUGUGUCUUCUGGAAUCAUUCCAUCAUGAUUGGCGGGACAGGUGCCUGGUCCUCCAGAGGAUGUGAGCUGUUUUCCAGAAACCAGAGCCAUAUCGCUUGCCAGUGCAACCAUAUAACCAGCUUUGCAGUCCUGAUGGACAUAUCAAAACGAGAGAAUGGAGAGGUGCUUCCUCUGAAGAUCGUCACUUACACAACCGUAUCCAUCUCGCUGGCGGCUUUGCUGAUCACCUUCAUUCUGCUGGUCCUGAUUCGCACACUACGUUCCAACUUGCACAGUAUCCACAAAAACCUGGUGGCUGCCCUUUUCUUCUCCGAGCUUGUCUUUCUUAUUGGUAUCAACCAGACCGAGAACCCGUUUGUGUGUACCGUGAUUGCCAUCCUCCUGCACUAUUUCUACAUGAGCACCUUCGCGUGGAUGUUUGUGGAGCAGCUCCACAUCUACCGGAUGCUGACUGAAGUGAGGAACAUCAACUUUGGGCACAUGCGGUUCUACUAUGUCGUCGGCUGGGGCAUUCCUGCCAUCAUAACAGGGCUUGCUGUUGGUCUGGAUCCACAAGGCUAUGGGAACCCUGAUUUCUGCUGGUUGUCUGUUCAUGACACCCUUAUCUGGAGUUUCGCUGGGCCCAUCAUAAUGGUUGUCAUUAUAAACACUGUCAUCUUUAUACUGGCAGUGAAAGCAUCAUGCAGACGAAGACAACGUUCAUUUGAAAAAACUGGAGUUGUCUCUGUGCUGCGAACAGCAUUCCUGCUCCUGCUGCUUAUCAGUGCCACGUGGCUGCUGGGGCUGAUGGCGGUCAACAGCGACGUCAUGACAUUUCACUAUCUCUUUGCCAUUUUCAGCUGCCUGCAGGGGCUGUUCAUUUUCUUCUUCCACUGUGUAUUUAACAAAGAAGUCAGAAAGCACUUGAAGAACACUUUAACUGGAAAGAAACCUCUUCCAGAUGAUUCCACUGCAACAAGAGCUACAUUAUUAACUCGAUCUCUAAACUGUAACAACACGUAUAUAGAAGAGCCAAAUAUGUAUCGCACAACUAUUGGGGAAUCCACUGUCUCCCUAGAAAGCACCGUCAGGUCAGCCAAGAGCCACAAUAGCUACCUUGCUUAUAUUCUCAGGGAUGAGGCUGCUCAUAAACUCAGUGGAUCCUCAAGUCAAGCAAGGGCUGGCCAGACUGAAGCAGAUUCCUCUAUUUUUCAUAGGAAUCCAUCAAAAUCCAAUGACCACGAUUCAGACUCUGACAGUGAACUCUCCCUCGAUGAACACAGCAGCUCUUAUGCCUCCUCCCAUUCAUCAGACAGUGAGGAAGAUGGACUUGAGGCAGAGAAAAAGUGGAACACAUCUACUUCCAAAAAUAAUGAACGUGGCCCACUCCACAGCACACCCAAAGUUGAUACCCUUCCCAAUCAUGUGAAACCCUAUUGGCCCACAGAGUGUGUAACAGCCAGCGACGGCGAGGACCCCGGCGGGAAGCCAAAACUCAAAGUAGAGACCAAGGUCAACGUAGAGCUUCACAGGGAAAACCAGGUGAACCAUAACAACGAAGCACCACAGGACAAGGAGAACGAAGGGCAGCAGAAGGAGAACAGACCUCUGUCCCACCAGAAUAACCAGCAGCCAGAGCAGAGGAAAGGCAUCUUGAAAAAUAAAGUUACAUACCCUCCCCCACUGGUGGAUAAGAAUAUGAAGAAUCGUUUGCGGGAAAAGCUGUCGGAUUACAAUCAGACCACGAUCUCAUCCAGGACUACUUCCCUGGGGACAAAUGAUGGGGUCCGCUCUCCUUCAGACUCAGGGGUGACAGUAAAAAGUGCUUGGAGGGAGCAGUCUCGAGACCAGCUCAAUGGUAUGGCCAUGAACCUCCACGUGGGAACAGGACAUGCUGACACCUCAGACUCAGAAGGCAGUAAUGAAACUUCAAUUUGAACCAUCAGGAAACUGUGAUCACCUCUGCGUGGCUCUGGACUCCACACUGCAGGGUCGCCGCCUGCCUGCCACGGAUUUCAUCAGAGUGGCCGUGUGCUGAGGAGGGUGAGGUGGGCACUGAUUCCCACACGGUUUCACGUGAUGGCACACUCCUGACCGCUCACAGUGGGGACACAGUGCCCGGAUGCACUUGCAGUAAGAUUGCUGUGUGGUGCGCUCCUCACGGCAUGAACCCGUGCUGAAAACACAUGGAAAUGGCCACAGGGAUGCACUGUGAUGGACGGAUACCUGUUCGUAGUGCAGACAGUGCUGCAAGGGUUGCUUAUUACAAGGGAAAAACAAGGAAAAACUUGUUAUUACCAUAGUGGACCUACAAAUAAGUCAACCCGUCAGCCUGGAGACAAGCUCUAGAUGUCUCUGGUGGAGUUUUGAUGGCUGCAGUGUGAACCCUUCAGCUUGCUGGGCUCUAGGGAGGAAUAUCCUAACAAGUGUCCUUUGGUUUCUAUGCCAGCAUCUCUGUCCACCCCCCUAUGGACACAUCGUCUUAAGAAAAAAAAUCUUUUAUAUAUAUAUAAAAAGUGUAGAUACUUUUAUAUAUUUUGUAUGGUGUUGCUAAAGAAAAAGUUCCUUUGUAUAUUUUACAUUUAUACUUAUCUUCUUAAUUUGAUAACAGGAAAUCAAUUAAAAAGAGGAUUUGAUAUUUUUUAUAUGAACAUUGCACAAUUUUACUUGAAUUUGGCGUUUGGUAAAGUAACUGAGGGUUGCAUGAAAGCCACCUUCAGACACAAUGCAAUUUUUCAGAGUAAAGUAAUGCAGUGAAGAUUACAUCAAAAUCCAUGGCUGUAAUUUAUAGGUUUUGUUGACAGAUUUUGGAACACUUUAAGGGCACAGUAUGUUUCUUUCAUAACUUCUUUUAAAACCCACAAAAUUUUGUUUUUUUCAUUUUUUGGUGUUUUGACCCCCUUCUCUGAAGUGCAUUGAAAUGUUCAGGAACUGAACUUCAGGACUAAAAAGAAGUCAUAACUUUGUGUAAGAUUUCAACGCAGUCUUGUCUGGAAGAAGUCAAAUCAGUAUUUCUCUUACCAAGAACAAGAAAAUAAGUAAUAUGAUUGUAUGAUAGGUUUUGACUUUGGUCUGGCUCUGAAACAAACCAGCACUCUGUGUGUCCUAAGGAGAGGGCCCUCCUCCCAAGGGGAAAGUUCUGCCUCAGGUGCAGUAUUUUAUUUUACUGUAUUUUAAUCUUUUUCCCACUGGGUUCAGCACAUUGCUAAUCAAUGCAGAAAUACAAGUCUUUAAGACGUCCAGGUUUCACUGCCCAGCUCUUUGACAAAGCCCUAGCCUUCUGAUGUUUCAAAAAGCACAUGGAAGGCUUAAGGUUUCAUAUUUCUCACAAAAUGUGCUGGUUUCACAAGUAUAGGAAGUGAAAUGGGACCUAUCUGCUGUCUUCACCUUCCUGUGAUGUGUACAAUUAAAGGAAGAUCAAGAUGUGAAAAAGUUUGCAUCCAGCUGGCACAGAGCUCAGCCAGUGACUCCCCGUGGUGGGAAUAUGUGACUCCAAGGAUGGCAGUGGUGUGGCUGUGACCUGCUCUCUGACAACAAGGCUUUCAGAAGCUCCUUGCUUGCUGUAGCAGCCCUUUUGGGAAAAUAGUGGCUAUUGUUUGUGCAAAUGUGUGUGAAAAGGGAAAAAAACAGAAAAUCAGGCUAAAUAAAAUGCAAGAGUUGAGGGAAAGAUGAAAAACUGUAUGCUGUAAUCUUGAUUUCAUUAUAUUCCUAUGCAUUUUCAGAAGUAUCAAGGAGACCUUUGGAAGGGGAGAGGGAGGAAGGAUGCUGUUCCUUUCAAAAUUAUGCAACAUAUUGUGUGACAUGUUCUGACAGAAAAAAAAUUUGAAUGUUUUAAAUGUGCACACUUGGCUGUGUACUCAGGCAUUGUGUAUAACCCAUGCUAGUUCUUUUCACAUCUGUGUAUGUAUAUUUUGUCCCAGUGAGAUGUAGGUAGUUUUUAUUGUUGCAGAAUUGUUGCAGUAAAUGAGGGUAAGUUGUAUUAAUGACAAAAAAAUUAAAACCUAUUUUUAUGACUUUUUAAAAGCUUUAUGGCAGAUUAGACACUGGAGGUUGUUGUUUUGUUGUUUUUUUUUUUUUUUUUAACAAAUGUAUAUUUAUUAAUGUGCAGAACACUGGAAUUGCAGCACAGAUGAAAGGAGAAUUUACAAUAAAUUAAGAAUUUUUUU